AUUUUCAGUUAUUGGUGGGUUUGCUCUGUUGUAUGCUCAUAAAAACACCCAAAAAAAAAAAAAAAAGGGGGAAGAGAAAGAGUAGAAAACAAAACAAAAAAGAAAAAGAAAAACAGAGAAAGAGAGAAGAAGAUAUGGAUCAAGAAAUGGAGGCAAGAGUUGAAGUGAAGCUGGAAGGAAGCACUCUUCGGGUUCCUUCGGUUCAGGAACUAGCAAAACAAGCACCGAAAACAGUUCCACCACGAUAUAUACGCCCUGAUCAAGACCCUCCAAUCAUAAGUGCACAUUCCACUACUACUUCUUUACCCGAAGUCCCAAUCAUUGACAUGAAUAAGUUGCUCUACUCUGAUGAAUUCAUGGAAGCAGAGCUGGACAGGCUUCACUGUGCUUGCAAAGAAUGGGGUUUCUUCCAGUUGAUAAAUCAUGGAGUUAGUCCUUGUCUGGUGGAGAAGGUGAAAUCCGGAGUCGAAGGAUUUUUUAAUCUACCAGUGGAAGAGAAAAACAAGUUUGAGCAACGAGAUGGAGAGAUUGAGGGUUUGGGGCAAGUGUUUGUGGUGUCCGAGGAACAGAAGCUUGAUUGGGCAGACAUGUUCUACAUCCUCACUCUUCCAACUCGCAUGAGGAAACCCCAUUUGUUUCCCAAUUUGCCCCUCCACUUCAGAGACACCCUUGAAGCUUACUCAGUAGAGCUAGAAAAUAUUGCACAUAAAAUCCUUGAGCUUAUGGCAAAAGCUCUGAGGAUGGAUCCAAAGGAUAUGAGAGAACUGUUUGAAGAAGGAUGGCAAUCAAUGAGGAUGAAUUACUACCCUCCAUGUCCACAGCCGGACCUCGUGAUUGGCCUCAACCCUCACUCCGACGCUGCUGCCCUUACCAUCCUCCUCCAGGUCAAUGAAAAAGAAGGCCUUCAGAUUAGAAAAGAUGGGAAUUGGGUUCCUAUCAAACCCCUCCCCGGUGCUUUUAUUAUCAACAUUGGGGACGUUUUAGAGAUUGUAACAAAUGGAAUUUACCCAAGCAUCGAGCAUAGGGCAAUUGUUAACUCGGAAGAGGAAAGGAUGUCGAUAGCUACAUUUUACAGCCCAAAAUUGGAUGGAGAAUUGGGUCCAGCACCAAGCCUUGUGAGUAAAGAGACACCAGCUUUGUUCAAAAGAAUUGGUGUGGCUGAUUACUAUAAAGGAUUUUUUACUCGCAAACUCAUUGGAAAAUCGUAUGUGGAUGCCAUGAGGAUCCAUGACCAUGACGUCAUUCCUUACACACGUCAUACAUCCAUAUGACGUUACAUAUAAAUUUUUUUUUUUUUCUUUUCUUUCGCCACUAGGGCUCAUAUAUAUAUAUCUAUAAGACCUAUAUAUAUAUAUAUAUAUAUAUAUAUAUAUAUAUAUAUAUACAUAUGAUGAGUUUCGAGUUGGUUUUCUACGCAUACUCUGUUUCUAUAUAGGUUGAUGUCUUGUUAGUAAAAUUUGAGAAUUGAGCUUUGUUCCUAUUCCAAAUUGAAAUAUUUGGAUGAUUGUCAAUUGUUGCUUAAAUUAUCACUUUCUUUAUUUUAUUUUA